AUGUCUGGAUUUGUUGGUACCAAAAAAGAAGAAGCGAAAAUUGCUUUAGCAGUUAGUUUAGGUGCAAAACCACCUAAAAGAGAGUAUAUAAACUACAAGGAGCUAAUGCAGAAGCGGAAACAGGAAAAACUCAAACAAAUUGAAGAAAAGAAACGCAUGAUAUCAAAGACUUUACCUCAAAGCAGCAAAAAUAAAAAGAAAACCAAUAAUGAUGUGGGACAUUUCUUAGACAGCUAUGGAAAGAUGCAGAAAAAGGACUUAAAGAAUAAUGGCAAGGCUCCAGUUAAAAAGAAAAAGAAA